GUGAGCGGGCAAACUCACCUGGCUCACCUGGCUUCUGGAGAGACCGAAAGAGCGCAACGUCGACAGAGGGCUCAAAUGUCGUUUAAAAGCAUCAACAACUGAAACAUUUUUUCUGUCGAAAAAAAAACUUCGGACGGGAAAACUGCGCGGUUUUAGCGGACGACGCUCGCGUGCGUUGACGACAACACCUGAGAAACAGCAGAAACGGGGGUUAUUGUUAUUUGUUCGUUUAGAAAAACAGUUGGAGAGGCCAUCCUAAGCCUGCGACAAGACUAGGAUCUUCAGAUCCUCAGUGACCAGCGACCAUGGUGAAUCAUCACUCGAAUGGAGGCGGAAGCGGCGGGAACAGCAGCGGAAGCCUCAGGGGCGGCGGAGCCCACGGUGGCGGAGGAGACUACUCCGGCGAUGAUCGCAGUGGCGGGGGCGAGGAACGGGAGCGACUGGACGGCGACCUUCACGACAAGCCCACCUAUCUCCUCGAGCACCUGGCCACUUUCACAGUAAACAAGGAGUCCGGCAUCGUGUAUCCGGCUGACGGUAUGCGGCGACUGCUGCAGCUGGAGAAGACCACGGGUAUCUGGUCUCAGAAGAUGCAGCUCUGCCUGGACUACCAGUGGGUUCUGAUCAUGGACUACGAGACUGGGAACAUAAUUGAACGCUUCCCGGCAUCCCUCGUCCAGGAACCUACAGCCUUUACCUCCAACGACGCCAUGGAGUUGUACAACAACAUUCUCGUCUUUAUUGUAUCCGGAGGCGGUGGCUCCCGCUCCGAGAUGCAUAUAUUCCAGUCACAAAGUGUGUCCGCCGUCCAUUUGGUUGAGGACCUAAAGCAGCUCCGCAGCGGCAAGAUGAUCACCCAACAGCGCGGAGCCACGCCCACACAAUCCGGCGGUGGAGCCUCCAGCAUGGCCAUGAUGAUGAGCAAGACUUCAUCGUCGUCGUCGCACAGCAGGGUGGAGCUGCACCGGGAGCACAGGGAGCAGCGUGGAGAGCGAGAGCGGGAUCGGGAAAGGGAUCGCGAGCGGGAGAGCCACCACCACAGCAUGCACCAGCGGACCAGCGUGGAGCAGUAUGGUGUGCGAGCCGGGAUAGGAGUUUCCCCAGACGAUGUGGCCCACAUGGCCGGCGAAACAGACUCGGAGCACGGUGGAAUCGGAGGCGGAGGAGCGGAACGCGAUGAAACGAGCUCCACCUCCAGCGAAAAGUACGAGCGGGAUGUGGCUGUGCUGAACCACUGCUUCGAUGACAUCGAGAAGUUUAUAGCCCGACUACAACAUGCGGCUGCAGCUUCCAGGGAGCUGGAGCGUCGUCGCCGCAACCGAAAGUCAAAGAAAAGGGAUCCAGGAGAGGGAUUACUCACGCUGCGGACACGUCCGCCCCACGAGAAGGAGUUUGUGGACAUUUUCGCCAAGUUCAAGCUGUCCUUCAACCUGCUGGCCAAGCUCAAGGCACACAUCCACGAUCCCAACGCCCCGGAACUGGUGCAUUUUCUUUUCACGCCUCUGGCUCUGAUUGUGGAGGCCUCCAGCGACACCUACUAUGAGUCGCAGCUUCCGGCGCGAGUGGUGAAUCCCCUGCUUACCCGGGAGGCCAUCAACCUGCUCAUUAACUGCGUCACCAGCAAGGAGACAGAGCUGUGGCGCUCGCUUGGCGACGCUUGGGUGAUCCCCCGAGACCAGUGGAAGGAUGACGUGGGAUCCUAUCACCCGGUGUUCCUCGACGGCUGGUCGCCGGACUACAUGAUCAACGACGAGCUGGAACCCCCUCCAAACUCCCCUCCAGCUCAUGUCAGCAAGCGCCGGCUCGAAGUCCAAGCUGGCUCCGGACUAAACGGACGUGGAGGUGGUGGCUACGAUGAAUACGACACGGGAAAUGGCAUCAAUCAUGGGAUGGCCAUGGGUAUCGAGAAGUACACCAUCCACCACGGAAACGAUGGAAUGAGGGAUCGGGAUCGCGAUCGCGAGAGGGAUAGGGAGCGGGCGGGAGCCAUUAGUGCCUCUGACUUCAACACCCGCAGCGAGUUGUCCUUUGACUCGAUUGAGGGGAGAGGAGGAGCCGCGGGCCAUGGACACGGGCAUGGGCCUGGAGCAGGACCCACCCUCAGCGCCAUCACAGCUGGUCUGCAGAAUCUGCACACUCGCGAUUCCAGGGAAGGGAACGGCUAUGGAGGAGCUGCCGCUGGAGGGCCUUCCUCGGAGCUGGGUGGCGCUGGACGGGGAGGGGCGAAUAUCAGCGAUGACCAGAUGCUCGAGUCCUGGCUGGAGGAUCUGCAGGCGUCGGGCGCCAAGGUAGUGCUGGUAACUUAUCCGCGAACAGCCAACAACGACAAGGAACUGAGUGUGAUGCGAGGCGAAUACUUGGAGAUCCUUGAUGACACCCGCAAGUGGUGGAAGGCGCGGAAUAUGCGGGGACAGGUGGCCCACGUGCCUCACACCAUUGUGACGCCCUUCAACUACGGCGACGGGGACGGAGCCCAGUUCUACGGGCAACAACAGCCCCAGCCUGGCCUGGGUUCGACCAAGAAGUCCCGUCCCGGGGAAAACUCCGGCCUUGAGCAGCGCUCCCCGGACCCCACCGACAUGAUGCGCAGCAAGCACCUGGGCAAGAAGGGCGAGUUCCGCUACUUCUAGGAUUGAUAUACGAUUACCAUAUACAUAUUCGCAUACAUAUACGCAUGUAUUCCGUAGUGAGAAUCUAGCAUUAGAGAAAGACCGUCCCUGGCCCUCGCUAGCAGGAGUCCAAGCUAAAAUUAACCAUAAGACUAACCUAAGUUGAGCUCCGGACCGGAGAUCGUGGAAUGCUGAUGACGACUAGAACGAUGAUGGGGAGACGAAGGCAAUAAUUUGUUUUAAUAAAAGUAUAUCCAAAGGA